AUGGCUCAAGACGACCAUGGGAAGAGUCACGGCGACUCUCCCAAUAAUCCUCCAGCUUCUGCUCCAACAUCGAAUUCUCCUUCUCUAGCUCCCAUUGUCGCAUCUGUCACCGCUCCUAUAGCUCACGCCGCGAACGCCGGGUCUGCCAAUACAGCUCCAGCUCCUUCCGACACGACUCUCCCGCCCAUCACCUCGAUCGCCUCGGCACCGUUCACGGCUUCGGACCGCCCGACCGCUUCGACGACCGCUGCGGCUACCACCUCCGCACCCGUUCCCGUUGAGAACGAACUCCCCGCCGUCUCUUCUUCCUCCGCGCCGAAUCCUGCGCCAGCCUCGGCUCCUGCUGCCUCUCCCGCUCCGCCAGCGGCCUCUAAGCAGAACGGCGACAGCAGGGCCCCCGAGGCUGCUUCAGCGACACCUGCCUCCAAUUCCGAAAUGUCUAAUCAGCAUCCGGGAAUGCCUCAUGGUCAGCCUGUGAGCUACCCAGGGUCUUCGACACAUUAUGCGCCAUCGGUCGGUGUAACAACCACUCAGUAUGGCUCUUAUCCUGCGGUGACGAGUCAGCCGACCGAGCCAUACCGACCCAGUCCUAUGCCCAUUGGCAGCAACAUGUCGCUUCCAAGCAUGAGGACGAUCGAAAACCCACAUGGGCCUUCUGUCUCAAGUCCGCAGGGUAUGCCGAUGAGCAUGCCUAUGGCCCCUGUGCCAGGCGGUGUGCCGUACUAUCCGCACCAAGGCAUGCCCAUGGCACCAGGCUACGGGCUUUCUGAUCCUAUGGCUCGUUAUGCUAUCCCCCAUGAUCCACGUCUUAUGGGCCACCGAGGGCCGAAGAAGUGCGACGAGACACAUCCGACUUGCAACAACUGCAAGAAGUCCAAGCGCGAGUGUUUGGGUUACGAUCCUAUCUUUCGGCAACAAGCAGGCGGCCAGCCUUCUAAUAUUCAACCGGCGCCUAGCCAGAGGACCCCUCCUACAGUUCCGAGCUCUGUGCCUUCGACAGUCCCUUCAUCCAUAGCGCCCAACCCUGCCCUCACCGCUCGACCUACCAACUCAUACGGCAGCCAGCCGUCUAUGCUCCCCAGCUCGUACUCUACAGCUCACGCAACAACAGCGAGCCCCAACCCAUCUGUCACCUCGCUUAGCUACGACUCAAGCUUCUCCAACGUAGCUUCUCCACCUAUCAAGUCGGAGCCAGCAUACGAGUAUUCUGCCGCCGCAAUCGAUCCAGCCCUCCACAACCCAGAAAGCUCAAGAGCGGUUGAGCAAAGGCCUCUUGCUGACAACCAAAAUCUAAGAGCCAACAAAAUGAAUAUCGAUGAGAUUAUCAAGCUCUUGGGCCAGGUUCCGUCGCCCCAAAGUGGUCCUCAUAGUGAGGAAAUGCUCAACGAGGUCACCAAGGUCUACCAUGAGAUGUACGCACAUGGACUCAGUGCUUUCUUCGAAACCAACUGGUACUUUUUCACGGAAAAUGGAAAGAUGUCACUUCCCCGAAACCCGCAUGUGGUGGAUUUGCUAGCAACCUUUCUCAAAACUUUGGAGGCUGUCAGGGUCAACGAUCAUUCUCAAAUGGCCUACUCCGGUAUUCUUGAGACGCGUCUCGUGUGGGAACUUGCGCGACUAGCAUACGAUGCUCACCCUACAAUUCCUCCCGGUGCUCCAUCAAACGAAAACGAAGUCAAGGAAGCUCAACACCGCGUUCGGGUUGUCGAGGCACUGCUGUGUGGAGAUUAUCUGCCUACCAAUCCUUUGUGCCCGCCUUUCCAGGACACAGACACUGCUCGUACUCGCCAGUUGGAUUUCUGGUACAGCCUGGCUGAGUUUGUACGAACACGCGAUAAUCCAACUUCUCAGCCUGCGGUCAAGGUGAGAGAGGACAUGCUUGCGAGAAUGCGUUACCUGCUCGAUGGUCGCGAGAACCGUGAUGUCCUUUACUCAAUCGCAGUUGUUCGAGAACUUGCACCUCAAUUCGACUCCCCGUACGGCAACAACACCCCCCAGCACGUCGACGAGAGCGACCCCAAGAACAGGCUUGCGGUUGCAUCCAAAUUCAUCUAUGACGAGUCUCAAGUGACAGGAGGUACAACCAACGUGGUUCGCCGGUUCUGCGACAUCGCACAUAGAGCAUUCGUCAACCCCGGUGUCAAUAUCGGUCGGAGAAAUUAA